CACACACAAGAAAGGAAGGCAUAGAGGGAUAGAAUAAAAAAAAAUGGAAAAUCCUGACUCCCACCGCCAUGGAUUUGCUCUGCUAGUUACCACCUUGUCUUUCUUCUCGCAAAUUAACUGUCUUCUCUGAGAAACUAAAAGAAUUCGCUAAUCGAACCGUCGUUCCUUUGGGUUUGGCACGGACGGCACGAUACGACACCUCCUACGUUCGCCGGAAAAGACUUGAUUUCACCCUUCUCUGCCUUCCUCUUUACCUGCAUUGCUCGCUUUCUGCUCAAACUCAAAACCCUAACACGCUGCCGUUCGCUCUAUUCUCUUUCAAGCUUUACCUCUCCCCGCUUCUGUUAUCUCCCAAAGGGUGUGAACUGGACGAAAAAGCAAAAAAGCGAAAUGGAAGAUAGUGAAAUGGUUGCCGUGCAAGACUUGCCGGGAGACUCGGAUGCUAACAAGCCUUCUGAUGCCACUGUUAAAGAGCAAGAAGAAACUGCUGAUGUUUCGGAGGAUCAAGAGCCGAAUGAAAAUAGGCAGGCAUCAGUUGCUGACGAUGACAUCACUGUGAGUUCGGCAACUGAUGUUCCUAUGACUGACACUCCAGCUUUGCCUGAUGAUGGGAAAACUGCCACGGAUGAAAAUAUUAAUCGGCGAGUGGUGGAAGAGAAAACUGAUGGAGAUGGUGGCUCCUGUGUUCAAAACCAGCCACAAACGGCUACUCCAUCUACCCAAAGGAGGUGCUCAACUCCUAGAACAAAGCUUUAUAGUGCGGCAAAGUCCAAAAAUGUAUGGACUGAUAUUAAGAUGGGGGAGACUGAUGUUGCCGGGACCCUAGAGGAGCAAGCUGCAUUCAUGAAGGACCUGGAGAUUUUUUAUAAGCAGAAUAUCAUGGAUUUCAAACCCCCUAAGUUUUACGGAGAGCCAUUAAACUGCCUGAAGUUAUGGAGGUCUGUGAUCAAACUGGGUGGCUAUGAAGUGGUUACUGCAAACAAGUUGUGGCGGCAAGUGGGAGAAUCUUUCCACCCUCCCAAGACUUGCACAACGGUGUCUUGGACAUUCCGCAUUUUCUUUGAGAAGGCACUUCUGGAAUAUGAAAAGAAUAAGAGGGAAACUGGCGAGCUCCAACUUCCCAGUCCACCCCUGCAUCAGGCUACCAGUGUUGAAAAGGAGACAACUGGGUGCCAAGCAACUGGAUCAGGCAGGACAAGAAGGGAUGCUGCUGCUCGUGCUAUGCAGGGUUGGCAUGCUCAGCGUCAUCUUGGACAUGGUGAGGUUAGUGAGCCAUUUGUUAAGGUGAAGAGCUUGAAUUUUUCAAGACGUGAAAAGCCUCUCAAAAGUUUCGGUACAAUCUCUAGAAUGAAGAUCUUUCCAAUUGGCAGGUUUAUACAUUUUUAUUUGAUCUGGUUUGUUGAGUCAGGUUUUCACAAACAGAAGACAGAUGAGAGACCUGUGAAUGCUGAAACAGAUAAGGAAGUGGAUACUGAAAUCAUUGAUAUUGGGCCCCCUGCUGACUGGGUGAAGAUCAAUGUGUGGGAAAGUAAAGAUUGCUAUGAGAUAUAUGCUUUAGUCCCCGGACUUCUGCGUGAAGAGGUCCGAGUACAAUCAGAUCCUGUAGGGCGUCUGGUUAUAACAGGUCAACCAGAGCAGCUAGACAAUCCUUGGGGUAUUACACCGUUUAAGAAGGUUGUGAGCUUACCUUCGAGAAUUGAUCCACUUCAGACAUCUGCUGUUGUUAGCUUGCAUGGACAGCUCCAUGUUCGUGUCCCGUUUGAGAACAGAUCAGCCUGACUCCCUCCUCCUCGUGUGAGCUGGAUCCACCAAUUUUUCUAGGUAGAAAUGCCAAGUUUUGGGAGAGACAGAGGCUCGAGAGGGAAUGGCUGAGAUCGUUUUUGUUCCUCCCACGUUGUUGAAUUAGAGUCCUAAGCACCCAUCUCUGUAGAUGCAUGUUUAUCACGUGCAGAAUAGUUUCUCGAGGUUCACGAGGGAAGCCAUCUUGCGGAUUUUGGCUGGACCCGUGUAUGGCUGCUUUAGACGGAAAGUAGAAAGUACCCUUUUGAUAAUAAUUAGUCGUGGGAUUUUAACCAAAAAAAAAUAACUGUGGAAUUCAUGUGGAUCUCAUAUUUAAUAGCUUGAGAGGCUGAAAAGGCUCUAUUUUGAUUUUAUUUUUA